AUGACGGGUAGCGAUCGAGGGAAUCGCCUUAGACAUCAGCCCACACACUCGUCCACGCAACAGGCUGACUCUACAUCUAGCCAAACCGACGCUCAAUCUCAACUGAAUCGAUCGUUUAGUGCUGAGGAUAAUCGACUCGCUAACGAAAUCUUGAACGAUGUAAAGAGCAUGUCACUCGGAGAACGAUUUGUCCGCCAGAAGAAAACGCGCGUCAAGUACGAUCAAUUGCUUCAUUUCAUGAAAGAUGCUGGUGAACGGGUGGCAACUGGAGAGAAGUUGGAUGUGCUUGACGCUAAAAUUGUCAACAACCUCGAGGAGACAUCGGAAGAUCUGAAGCUUCUUUCGUCGGGAAAAGAAGUUGCCCUCGAUGCGUGCUACAUGGUGGAAAACGUUCAUUUGAUGCGCGAGCGAGUGAAAAUGUUGCAGGAACAUCAAGCGGACAAACGGCUCAACGUCAAAAUUUUUGCGGAAAAGAUGGUUGGAUAUACAAAGAAGCUGGCAGACAAUGUCCCGCCACUGCCAAAACACGACGUCAACCCGCUGCUCGUACUAGACGAUGAUGAGGAGGAGGAUGAAGAGGAGCUGCCGCUAUUGAAGGGACGCCUGACCAACUCCGAACUUACACGACGACAAUGGGCAGCGAUUAGCCACAACUACGAACUCGUGAGGAAUGUCAGUGGAAUUGGCUACCUACGCCCUCUUCUAACCAAUGCCGAACUUCAACCUACGAUUGCCAAGAAAAAGAAGGAGAAAAUGGAUAAACAAGUACAACGACAAAAGAAAGAAGCGGCGGUGAUUCUCGAGCAAAAGGAGAAAGGUGAAAACAUGGGUGAGGAUCAAUCGGUCACCAUUGAGCUUGAUUUUAUCCGAAAGACGUUCCUCCGCUUGCUCAAGAAGACAGAGUCCACUUCUUGCAACUACUACGAAUUUAUCUUUGAUCCCGACGAUUUUGGACGCACAGUCGAGAACAUGUUUCAUGUCUCGUUUCUGCUACGAGAUGCAAGCAUGCUACUUCGCAAAGACACACGGACUGGCCUUCCAAUCUUGGUUUGGGUACCUCCGGAGAAACAAAGGAAGAUCCAGGAAAGCGCCAAAAAGGAGCCACUUCACCAGCAAACGAUUUUCGCAUUCACGCAGCAACAUUGGAAGGAAAUGAAAACUCGAUUGCCAAUCCAGCGUGCCAUCAUCAAACCAUUGGAGCAGCGACAAAGAGAAAGAGAAAGAGAUGAUGAAGGAGAGCACAGAAACGUCGAAAAGCGGCACCACGACGAAACGACCGAGAAGAAACCGACGAAAGAGGAGCUGAAGAAGUGCCGACCCGAAGGAAGUCGCUCAACGGGUCACGCAAAGAAGAUGCGCCACGAAAAG